GCGAGUUCUGUGGGCGUUUAUGGCGGAACACAGAAGAUUUCGUUGUCAUGGCUAACGGCUCAAAUACAGUCAAGAGAUUCCCGUAUUAACAAAGAUUGAGGUCAACACAUUGGUGAAGGUAUUUAUUUAAUAUCUAGAGCACGUACUGAUGGCAGUAUUGUAUCGUAGCGAACUACGUUGUGGCUAGCAUUAGCCAGCUAGCUAUGGGAGCCCCACAAAAUGGCUGGUGGGAUGUGUGGGGCUGCGCAGGUUGGCCCGCUACUGUUAACUCUUUCUGUAAAUGACAUAUUCUUGCUAUGUAUCAAGUCAUUUAUUAAAGAACAUUGCAUAAACUUUAAUUGAAAAAGUGGCUGUAUUUUAAGUCUUCGGAAAGCACAUAUAAUGACUGACCGCUCCCUGCUGAACUAUUCCCUAUUCUCGCGAGAUUUGAGUCGCUUCGCCAUGCAGUGAUGUUUGUUUUGGGAUGAGAAUCUACAUCGAUGUGGAUGAGCUCCUAAACGUAACACUCUACAGACAUUUAAAAGCAGAAUACUGAUAUUUAAAAUAUUGCGAAAGUAGUAAAGGCAGAAAAUGGCCAAAUGCUUUAAUAAUAAAUUAGGAGUAUUACAGGACUUUAUUUGUCUAAUUCAAGCAGCCUCCCUCCCGCUUUCUGAAUACAUGUGUGCUCUGAGUGACCUGUUUAUUUAUGGUGCACAUUGCAUUUUCUUUUCUUUUAGACAAUUAACUUACCAGCGAGCUGAUUGACUUUCUUGAUUUACUGCUUCCUUUCUUUUCUGCUGUCUGUGAGGGGGAUCCAACUGCCCUGCAGCAAUUCUGGGAGAUUAAUUUGCUGUUCAAUAGUACGAAUUUAGUGUUUUUUCGUUAACUAGUAGAGAAAUUAAACUAUUUACUCAUUAAUUCCUUUCUUUUAGAAAACGCGAUUCCAAUUAACACAGGGUGAAUGAUCUGAAAAACAGCUGAAGUACCAAUCAGUGACUGUUUUUUCUGCACAUUUGUGCAGGUUGCGCUAUGUUCAUCUAUUGUGGUUCCUCUUGAAAAUAGGGACACUCCAAUCAGGAUUUGUAUUCUGAUACAGAAUCAGUCAGUAGUCUGUCUUGCAUUUUUAUUUUUUUUUGCUUCACACAGUUGCAAACGGCACACUGUAAGAGCAUUAAGAUCCUGAACAGUAAAGUUACUGCCUGCAGAGACUGAGCAGAUCGGCAGCUCAAAAUAAUGACAAUUGAAUUAUCUAUUUUUAUCCUCAUCCUCAGUUACUACUUUAUUUAUUGCAGUGAGGCUCCCUGAAAUGUAGGGCAUUCCUGUCAGAAAACAAGAUUUGAGUAUCACUGACUUGUAGCUGAUACAAUGUGUAUUUUGACACACAGCUUAUGACCUGAUACUUUAACAACACAUAAGCACCAAACAAAUUUAGUCCAGUCCUGUAAAUUUUGAUACAAGAAAUUAGAAUUUGAUUUGACUUGGUGUAUUAUGAAGUCAGAAGGAAUUAUGCAAUUCAGCUGAAUAGGAGCAUAUUUAUUUACUGACCUGAAAUAUGAAGAAAAAAAUCUACCUUGCUCAUAAGUCUUUAAGUUUUAUGAUUACUGUAUUUAGAUUUUUAGAUUAUGGUUGUUUAAAUGUUUACAGCACAGUCUUUAUUGCUGAUUAUUAACUAAAGGUGUUUCUAAAGUACUCGCAUAGAGCAGUAUCAGUUUUGGUAUACUGAUAAUAUAAAAAAGCAAGAAAUAAUGGCACAUCAAAAUAAUGCACAUAAAAUUUUACAUUGGUUAGUCUCUCAUUCACUGCCAAGAGCCAGUGUCCUGAAUGCAUAAUACCUGCUCUAGGCAAGCCCGGUCAAAUGGUUGCAUUUUAUUCUCAGUAUGUUAAUAUUUCUUCAGAGGCCCUGAAAUGUUUCAAUUAUUUGACUGAGUUGAUUGGAGCAAGGGAAACAUGCAAGACAUUGGUUUAUGACACUUGGCUGAUGAACUGACCAUGAUACACCAUGCAGCAUGAGGAACAUUUCUCAGAGGAUUGUAAAAAAUCUGAUUGUAACCAAGGAAUAAGUAGAGAUGCCGUGAUGCAUCAGUGUAUUACCAGAUAGUGGUUUUGGUGGUGGAAAAGAACCAAGAAGCAUCUAAAUACUGGCAUUGGUAAGUUUCUAGAGCAAAGGUCUGCAAUUACAGCCUUCAGUUGUUUUGGAUACAUCCCUGCUCCAGGACACCAGAGUCAAAAUAAAUCCUUCAACACAUCAGCAAGUUUCACAAAGGGUCAGUGGUUAAAAAUUAAUUUGAUUCAGGUGUGUUGGAGCAGAAAAUGCACCCAAAAGUUGGUACUUGAGGAGUUGUAGUAAUUUAGGAUUUAGAAGUUGAUAUUGAUAAGUUAGAGACAACAGUACAUUUAGACAAUGUAGGGUUCAGGUUUACAGAAGAUGCAUAUUAAAUAAGGCCUGUAAAACAAAAAAAGCUGGCUAUCAUUAUCAUGUCUGACCACAGUCUUAAAUCUCUGUCAGUGGACUCUGCAUGUCUUACAAGAUGUGUUAAGGCCAAGCAAGCUGACAUAUAAAACUGUUUUUUUGCUACAUACUGUAUUAUUUUUAGGUGACUAGUGUUAUGAAUGUAGUACAAUUUGUUCUUUUAAUACCAAAUUCUCAGAUUUGUUUGUAGCAGCCGUUUUUGAUUUGCUAAUCAUUUUCUGUUUGAAUUAUGAAUUCACUAUUGUUUCUUCAUAAUUUUAUCUAAGUUGUGUUUAGACAGUUUGAACAAGCUCUGUUUUAUCUACUGUCUGAUUAUGUACGCAUAAGAAGCGUUUGGAAUCAUUAAUAAAAUUAAGCAUUUGAGGCAGAUUAUUGAUUGGCUCAUUAAUGUCUAGACAUUAAUAGGCGGAUCUCAGUGUUUCAGUCAUUAAGGUUGGAUAUCACUUUAAGAAAAUAGGUUGACCGUAUUUCUUUUUGUUGGAGACACUGCUUUAAUUUUAAAUAGGUUUAAUGGGGGGGGGGGAAGAAGACUUGGCAUGAUGGCUGCCCUUGAUAUGAAUAAUUAUAAUAGUAUAUUUCUGCUUUCCACCUCAGCCUCGCUGUGCACAAAGACAGUAACGGUUUACUCCUUGCUCCAACCCUGUGUUCGGAGCGCAGUGCUACCCUCUCCAUCGGCUGCCCCACCAGAGAGACCCAUUUCAUUUUUGGACCUGCGGUUGCUGCUCUUCGACUUGCUCAGAUACAGACUCAAACACAGAUCGCUCUCCGGCAGAUCGCUGUUCUAGCGUCUAUCGUUUUGGGCCACUGGUGUGAUCUCACAGCAACAUUACCUCCUCACCUUGCCCUCCUGAGUUUUUUGACUCAGCAGCAGGUGUCGACGUUUGGCCUAGAGGGAACCACAAACAGACGGAUUUCUACUAUCACUCAACCAAGUCGGUCUGCUGCAAUGUAUCACCAGCAAUCUCAACAACAGGGCUCCCAGCCUUUUCUAAAUGCAUCUAGGCCGCCUCAUCAUCCGCCAUCUGCAAGUCAGCAUCCAAAUCACCCCAACAUGCAAGGAAUGGGGUUCCAGUUUCCUCGUCCCAACCAACUUCCCGAUGAGCUAGAGUCUGCCCUUUCCAUCAGGGGCACCAGAGAUAUGGAUCACCGGCAGAUGGAUCUAAUGAAUCAAUCGAACCAACAUCAGAACCAAGGUACAGGGAUUGGUCAACAUGGAAGCUAUGGCUCCAAUCCAACGUUGCUGUCAGCAGAUAAUCAGUCUGGACACCAGCAAGGAGUCGACUGGUCAAACUAUCAAGCUCCAACCAAACUUUUUGCGGCAACACAGCAGCAGCCUCAGGGCAGCCAAUCAGGAGCCAGAAUACUAAACUGGAAUCCCCCCAUAAGUGAUUCACCAACUCCUCAAACUCGACAACCUCUUGGUGAUGGAGGUAGGAUGGAAGGUCAGGGUUUGUACACGCCAGAGAGUGCGGGAAGCAUCUUGGCUAGCUUUGGACUUUCAAACGACGACUUGGAGGUGUUGAGUCAUUACCCGGACGAUCAAUUAACGCCAGAUACUUUACCGUUCAUACUCCGUGACAUCCAACUCAAAAAAUCAGGAAAGCAAAAAUCUGUGAGCUCUACCUCCUCUUCUUCAUAUUCUCACAAUUUGACUCCUACUGGUUCUUCACACUCAGUGGAAGUACCCAGCCUUCUUACUGUUACUCAGACAGCAGGGAAGGUCAUUGACUAUGGACAUGCCAGUCGUGGAACUGAAGAAAGUGGCACCCGAGAGACUUUUAAAAGGGAGCAGCUUUCUAGUGAAAGGACUGUUAAAAUGCUUCCAACUGCAACUUCCUCAUCAGUGUCAAAGGUGGAGAAAACUGAAAGACGUCAAGUUCGUGUAGAGCACAAGGAGCCAAUCAAACACGGAGACAGGGACUAUCGCAAGACGACCUGCGAAAAGCGCAAGCACAGCCGAUCACCAGCGAGAGAAUUUGCACCAUUGCCUAAAUCUCGUAAUUUAGACAGAGACUACCGACAAGUGGAAUCUAAACAGCGGCCGCCAUCUGAAACCAGGAGUGAGGAUUCGUCAAGACGUUCUCCCUCUUCUUCAUCUGCUUCAAGACAUGGCAGUAGCAAGAAGUUGCCUACGCCUACCAUGAUAAGCGAUUUCACAGCGGUGUCUCCAAAGGUGUUUCCUCAUACCUGCUCCCUGUGUCACAUUCAGUGUGAACAGGAAAAGGACUGGGUUGACCAUAUUAACACUGUUGAUCACACAGCCGCCUGCAGAGACCUGCGCAACAAGUACCCUGACUGGAAACCAAAUCUACCAAGUCGGAGCUGGCGAUAUGGCAGCCGUUCCCCGUUCGGUUCUGCACCUCGGUCCCACUCUCGCUCUCCAACUUCCCCUCAUGGCAAAUACCGCAGAGAGCCCUUCAUGCACCGGGCCCAUGGGAGGCCUUACUCUCCUCCCCGGCAUCCCCGGCCCCACUACCACACAGACCACGGUCAUUGGAAUAAAUAUCCCUACUCUGGCUCACACGGCCCACAUUAUUCCCACCGAGAACCCUGGCCUGACAGGAGACACAGAGAAUCAUCAGGAGGUUACUCCCACCAUGGUGUGAGGCAUCCUCAUGACACUUUAACCAAAAGCUCUGGCGACAGAAGCAGAAACCCUUCCUCCUCUGCAGCGGGUCACGGAUCCAAACAUGCGGCCACAAAACCCUCCACUAAAACCAUCAAGCCGGCACUAAAACCUGCAACGAAAACAACCAAGGCUGUUAAAAAUCUACCAGUGAAGAAGAAGAAAAAGGUGGCGGGUCCACCCUCUCAGGGCACGCCGCUUGCUGACCGCCUCGUUUAUCUGACUGGCAUUCCAAUUGAUGCAACCGAACAGGAAGUGACUGACUUGGUCAGCUCUUUUGGGAAGAUCAACAACGUGAUUCUCCUUCCUUGCUCUGAGGAGGAAAGCGAGAAGGGCCAAGGGCAAAAGGCGUCUGUGUGCAUGAUGAAGACGGAGGACGCUCAGGCUCUGGCGUCUGCAUCAGAACUCUGCAUCAGAGAACAGCCGAUCACCGCUUUAGUCGCCAAGAAACCUGAAGAUGGUCAGCUUUCUGAAGCCAACAGCAAAACUGAAGCAGAAAAGGACAAAGAGUCAGCUGGGAACACCUCAGAUGGUGAAACUGACCAGAAGACGUCCGAUCAGCAGAAGUCGAACGUGUUGGUCACAGGACUUCCUGACAGCGGCUGGUCAGACGGUGACAUCGCUGAGCUUGUGCAGUCCGUUGGAGCGCCAUCUGACAUCAUCCUGGCAAAACACGUCGGAAAGGCUCUUGUGUCAUUUCCUGACCUUGAAGUUGCCGACGAGCUCGUGAAGAUCCACAGCUUCAAGCCUGCCAUGUUUAAGGACACGGAGGUGAAAAUGACCCUGGUCAAAAAGCAGAUCGGACUCAGCACUCCGGUGGCUCUUUAUAAUCUCUUCACAGGUUCACUGGAUCCAUUGGACGGUUCUGCUCCGGUUGGGUGGAACAGUUUGGUGGUGAUCAAAAACGUUCCAGACUCGCCCGGUAGCUCCACCGAGGUCCUGAAACUGAUGCGCCGCUUUGGGACGGUCAUCAAGUUUCUUGUGGUCAACAGCAUGAUCAUUUGCGAGAUGGCGACCACAGCCAUGGCCUUGUCUGUGUACAAACGCUUCCUGAUGUUUCCCUGCAUCAUCCAAAACAAUCCUCUGAUCUUCUACCGCAAACCAGACCCCAAAGCUCAGCCGCCGACCAAAAUCAUCUCUGCAUGCUGUGAGACAGCUGAGGAUAAGCCUCCAGAAGACACCCAAGUGGCAGCAGAACCUUCUGAACAAGAAGCAGAAUCACAACCAGAUCACUGUGAAGAUCCGCCAGAGAAAGAUGAAGAUGAAAACACAAAAACAGAAGAGAAAACGGAGGAAGAAAAUCUGACGGAAAGGGAGGGUAAAGACGAUUGUGUGGAGGAAGAGGAGGAGGAGGAUGAGGAGCUCGGCGUUUCUGUGUCUUCGCCUGCAUCGGACGCUAAACCUGAUGAAGAUGCUGGUGAUGCUGAAAACACAGAAGUUCACGAAGAUGCCGGUGAAUCAGAAGUGGAGAAUGUUGAGGAGACACAAGCUCCUAGCUCUGAUGCUGGAUCAGUUUCCCCAGAGAUGGCCAUGCCUGAGCUGCCCAAGAUGACUCAAGCUAUGGUUAACGCUCUACUGGAGGAGUGCAGAACAAGAACGGCUAACAAGAUGGCGGCGCCCCCCAGUGAAGACCAGGGGCAAGUGAAACAGGAGCAGGAAGAUCAGGAGAAAAGAGCAGAGGAUGUGAUAGACACCGCAGAAGAAAAAGACGAGGAGGCGAAAAAACUGGACAGAGAGAGAAAAGAGAGGGAGGUGAAGAAAGAGAAGGAGAGGAAGGAAAGAGAGAGGAGGGAGAGAGAGAGGGAGAUGGAGAGGAGAGAAAGAAGGGAGUGGGAAAAGAAGGAGUGGGAGAGGAGGAGGCCGGAGAGGAGGGAUAGGAAAAGAGAUUACGACGAGAGGUCAUUUGGGUCAAGGUUGUCCUACAGGCUGGGGAGUUACAGGCAGAGGGACGAACACUACAGAGAAGCUGAAAGACGAAAGGAGGAACCGGAGGAGGACGAGUUCCCCUUCAACUUGAGUGACUUUGUUACCGUCGAUGAGCUGGGAGACGUGACAGAACUUCCUGACGCUGCGGUUUCCAUGGAAACGUCAACUGAAGGCGAAGUGGCGCCCCAAACCGAACAGGAUGAGGAACACAUGCAGAUUUCUGUGGAGGCCACAGCGACCCAGGAGAAGGAAUCUGAUGAGAAAGAACCAGAACAUGUGGAAAGUCCAACAGCUGAGGCUGUAAGCAGUUUGGAUUCUGGUCAGGACCCGAAUGAUGGAGACGCCCCUCCAGAAGAUUCACACGUUCACACAGGUCCAAGUGAGACAGCGGACCAACCAGAGGCAUCAGAUGACAGCAUGAAACCUGAUCCAGACGCCGCGCUCUCUUCAAGCCUCGAUGUUGAGCCUGUUUCCACCUCCUCAGCUCCUGCAGUUCCAGGUCCAGCCACCUGCAGCAGCACAGCGGCGGCUGCAGAGCCUGAAGAAGAGAGCAGCAGGAGGAGCAGCCCAGCUGAACACGACCAGGAGAAGAAUGAGGAGAAGAAUGAGGAGAAGAAAGAGGAGCAGAAUGAGGCGCAGAAUGAGGAGCAGAACGAGGAGUCAAACAAACCGCAGCAGAGCCAGGAUGAGGAGAACAUGAAUGAAGCUCCAGCAGAACCAGAGACUUCGGCUGUGACCAGCGGAGCAGCCGAAGAGCCGCCAGAUGUCCUGCAGAAAGAAAAGCCAAAAGAAGCCGAAGACACCAGAGAGGAGAGCGUGAAGAAGCCGCUGCCUCCGUAUGAUCCGAGUGCAGCAGUUGGUAUGGAGUAUUUGGUCCCAAAGACGGGAUUCUUCUGUAAGGUGUGCAGUCGGUUCUUCACUGGAGCCAACGCGGCAGAGAUCAGCCACUGCAAAACUCUGAAGCAUUACGAGAACCUUCAGAAAUUCCUGCUGAGUCCAGAAUCGUCGGUGAAGUCUGUGAAGACGAACUGAAAAUCUGCUGUUUCAUUUCAUCGUUUGUCUCCUCGUGUGAUUUCAUUUCACGUUUAGGGUCCAGAGUUACAUUCUGUCAUGGAUUAGUUCCAGAUUAUUUCUCCCUGGAAAUGUGUUGGCUGUUCUUUUAUGAAGAGUGGAGAACGGGAAGGAAAAUGUAUUGAUUCCUCCUUCCAGAAGAAACUGUACACAAAUAAAUGGGUUGUGUUUUUUACUAAA